AUAGACAGUGCCAGGUGCUGUAGGGCAUGGAAACCUGAUGCCAUGGAAAGCGUCCAGGCCUGGGCCAACAGUUCUACCUACUCCCUCUGUCUAGGUGGCUAUUAGAGUGUGGCUAUUAGAGUGUGGCUAUUAGAGUGUGGCUAUUAGAGUGUGGAGCUCACAGGACAGAGAAGAAUUCAGCUAAAAAGAGACAGAAAGGCCACAGUCAGAAGUCAAGGGGAAGGCAAACCAGCAGGACAUUGUCAGUGAUGGAGACUUGGUGCCACCUACUGCUGCUAUUUGGAGGUGCUGUGCGGAUACACUCUGCACCCCUGAAUGGAUUAACAUUCAGCUCCCCAAAUUCUGAAACUAUUAAAAAGGCAGUUAACAUCUACAAUGAAGGACGCAACAGCAGCUUCCUAUUCAGGCUUCUCAAAAGUGACCUACAGAAUAAACAGGUUGGUACCCCAGCUGGAAGUAAAUUGCAUUUUAUGAUCAAAGAGACAAUUUGCCUGAAUACUAAACAACAAAGCCUUGAAGCAUGUGCCUAUAAAGAGAAUGGUGUGGUAAAGAACUGCACAUUAACCUCUAAUCCAAAACAGAGAGAUAUUAAAGUCUCCUGUGAUUCAUUAACUUCUGAGAAACCCUCUUUGAAAGAAAAUCUAUUAGACGACAAUGUUAAGGAAUACAAGACGAGCCCCCCCCUACAGGAAGCAGCCGGGAAUCUGAAUCUUCUGGUGAAACCAAAUGUUUCCAGCUACGGAAAUCGCCAAAAACCAACCAAAACCCAUGUCAGUUCUAUGUCGUGCUUGUCCUGCAUCUUUGAUUUAUUUGGUUAUGCAAGGAAGUAACCAUUUCAGUAGGGGGUGUUAAUUCUUGAAGGGCAACCAGACCCAAUGGGGAACUGUAAUCUUUUAGGUAAAAUAGCCUACUGUAUGUACUAAUAAAGCUUCAUAAAUAGGUUUGCUUUUAGCACUUAGAAUUGGUGGAAAGAUAUAUGAUCAAGGGAAAUUACUCAUAUGACUAUCAUGUGGUCUUUCAAUCUGUGGAGAAUUCCCCAUACUAAGCACAAUUGAGCAGGAACAGCCCCUACAUUUGCUCUGUAGAGAGAUACCAUAAAACUAUGGAAGCAUAGGUAUUUCCCUGUACU